CCGGUCGCCGCCGAUUACCUAUACGUGGUGGGAACUCUCUUUUUUCCGCACGAAUUCGAUAUUCUCGUCCACCUCCACAUCAAACUCAGACAACAGUGCGUACGAGGAAGCGUACCCUACCGUUUAGCGGCCAUUCGCAUCAGCUGUCAAAGUAACUCAAAGCAACAAUCCUUUUCCCAGUCCAUAGCCUGAACGCGCCCAACAUCUUUCAAAAUGGCUGCCGAGUUCCAGCGCUAUUCCGUCUUUGGGACGAUAUUCGAGGUCACGCAACGCUACACUGAUCUGCAACCUGUGGGAAUGGGCGCGUUUGGACUAGUCUGCUCUGCGCGGGAUCAAUUGACGGGGAUGAAUGUCGCUAUCAAGAAGAUUAUGAAGCCGUUCAGCACGUCCGUGCUCGCCAAGCGGACCUACAGAGAGCUCAAGCUGCUGAAGCACUUGAAUCACGACAAUGUUAUCAGUCUCAGUGACAUCUUCAUCUCACCUCUAGAGGAUAUUUACUUCGUCACCGAGCUGUUAGGCACCGAUCUCCACCGCCUCUUGACCUCUAGACCCUUGGACAAGCAGUUUAUCCAGUACUUCUUGUACCAGAUUCUGCGAGGGCUGAAAUACGUGCACUCCGCUGGAGUCGUUCAUCGAGACUUGAAACCCAGCAACAUUUUGGUGAACGAGAACUGUGACCUCAAGAUCUGCGAUUUCGGUCUUGCACGUGUGACGGAAUCCCAGAUGACGGGAUACGUGUCUACUCGGUACUAUCGAGCACCCGAGAUCAUGUUGACGUGGCAAAAGUACGACGAGGCUGUGGACAUCUGGAGUGUUGGAUGUAUCUUCGCAGAAAUGCUGGAAGGAAAGCCUUUGUUCCCAGGGAAAGACCAUGUGCAUCAAUUUUCCAUCAUCACCGAGCUCCUUGGUACUCCUCCGGAUGAUGUGAUUCAGACCAUCUGCAGCGAGAACACCUUGCGGUUCGUUCAAUCACUACCCAAAAGGGAGAAGAUUCCCUUCUCGAAAAGGUUCCCGGACGCUGACCCAGAAGCUGUCGAUAUCUUGGAGAAGAUGCUGGUCUUCGACCCCCAGAAGCGCAUCAACGCUAGCCAAGCCCUUGCGCACCCAUACUUGGCUCCGUACCACGACCCCACGGACGAGCCCGUGGCAGAAUCGGUGUUUGACUGGUCGUUUACUGAAGCGGAUCUGCAGACGGAUGAGUGGAAAUCUCGAAUCUACCAGGAGGUACUCGACUUCCAUUCGGCUGAGGACGGUGCUACCCCCGCCGCGACCCAAUAGCAAAAGUUUUACCAGGACAAAUUCCCACCACCCAAACCACCGUUGUUUUACCUCAUGUUCCCUGUUCGUGCCGCGAACUCCAAAA